GAAGAGGAGGUCGACCUGACGACCUAGCUGGGUAGCCGUCCUAUCCACUGCCUGUACUGGUGUCGUAGUGAAGGACAGCACCACUGGCAUGUACGUACAUAAACCUAAAACUACAGUCGGAGCGCAAUAUCCCGCCAGCUAGCUGUCAACUGGCGUUCAAAAAUAUUCCAGAAAUUGUGCCAGGAGACCCAAUUGAUUUUGUUCUCAGUAUAGAGAAGAGAGCACUUCGCCGAGCCGCUGGAGAGAGUAGUAACAGAUUUCCUGCAGCUGAUGCAACAUGAUGGGCUCAUUGCCACUGGGCUGAAGGAGAAGGACUUAGUCUGCAUGCAGUGUUCGCUAUGAGUCAUCGGAAGGAAAAGCACUCGCUGGCUUACGAGCAGCCGCCGCGCACUCGGCACGGUCAUAACACUGCUGCUGCAGCAGGCGGUGCGGCAACAGCAGUUUCGCCGACACCAGUGUCUCCGCCCGGAGUCAAUGGGCAGCUCCUCACCGAAGAUGAGUUCUGGAGAACAAAGAAAAUGGUUCCCAGCCACCAUCGGGCAACGACUAUGCUGGACAAGUCUGAUAGGGAUCAGAAUGAUGCAAGAGGAAAGGAUGUGGUCCUGCGACAAAUGUACCCGCCAAUCAUGCAAAACUGUUCCUGGACAAAGGCCGCGCCGUUCAAGGAGGAGAGGUUUGCCAGAACGCCAAGCGAGUCCAUUGCAAACUGCUUCUCACCGCAGCUGGCCGAUGUCAGAAUACGUGACAUGCGCCGCAGUCUGCGUCAGUCUAGGAAACACAAGGAGCCGUUUUACGGCAAACACGACGUGUUGAAGCGCUUUCUGCCACCGCUACCAGCGCCAUACCCACCAGGCUACCACCGCACACAGAGACGCCAGUCAAAGUCAACAAGAGCACAUGCCAGCCCACCGAUGUCACCGGCUGAACAACGCAGGGCCAGGACACACAUGGACCAGUGGGAGACGCAACGAGACGGCGUGCCAACUGACUCGGAUAUCGAGAGGUACAGCUUCUACCUGGAGCGUGGAGUCAGCGUUAACGAUGUGGAGCCUCUGGCCAGGGAGUUCUUCGACUCCAUCCUGCGCCAGGAGCCGAUCAAGAGUGCAUACGAGGAGGUGGAGGAUCCGGCCAGAGCCUACAUGUACCGCAGCGGUGCGCUGGUCGCAAAGAACUACGUUGUGCGCCAGCUGAUGUCCGAGGUGGAGAAAGACUACAACAAGGCAAUGCGGAAAGUCAUCGUCGACUACAUCCUGAUGGACGUUGAGGAGAGAAAGCGCUUGCGUAUCGUCUACACCCCUGUUGCAUACCUAUGCAAAGUGUUCCGCGGCCCGUUUCCAUGGCAUGGCGGCAUGCGCACUAAGAAGCAGGAGCUGCACCACGUCUAUCUCCAUAGCAACAACAUCAUUCGCACCAUCAACAACAUCUGGAACGAUAAGUACAGUCAGCUGAGCUUCAUCUACCCGGAUGAGCUUUACCCGCCGAUGUCCACAGUGAAUGUGACUGACUUGGUGGAGGACGAGGAUGGCGUUAUACAUUCUGUAGACAACCUGCUCACGACGGACAGCGGUGGUGAUUUGUUGGUGCGCAGUGACGCGCCGUUCCUGCCUGGAUUUGAGACGCUGGUGCAGCGAAUGUGUGACAAGACACGUACAAUCCUCUGUGAUCAGUGGAUCAAAGAUUGUUCGCAAGUGUUCCACACGUAUGCAGAGGAGUGGGAGCAGUUCGUGCCCUCGCAGGCCGAUGGAGACCGUGAGAUGCUCUACCGUUUCUUCUGGUGCGUCGAAAGCAUGAUGUCUGCUCAGUUGCGAAGCGUGGUUCAGCGCUCGCUUGACCAGCUCGUCACAUUCUUCGAGAAAUAUGCGGCCAGCAAUGGCUAUGAUGAGGAGUAUGAUACACAUGCGUACACGCUGCCAGAGGUGGUGAAAGUAGCUAUCAAGUGGAAGGUUGCCAUGGUGAAGGUCGACCCUUCAUUCGAUGAUCUCGUCGAGGUGCUCAGCAAUCGUAUUGUCGAUCAUAUUGUCAACGCCGCAGACAAUAUCGGAAGGGUGGAAACAGUGCUCUUCAAGGAUACUGAUGUGUCGACCCCACCGGUACACACAAUACGACGUUGGGAGACUCCGGUUGUCAUCGCCAAAGAGAGAAUAGCGGAGAUUGUACGCACUAACAAGGCUGGACCUGAGAAGUAUGUGGAGGUGGUCUAUGACAAAUACAAAACCCUCUUUACAGGACAGGUGCUCAACGAGGCUGAGGAGUUUCUCAAGGAGGACCAGCAGCUGCUCAAGUUCAGAGCUAUGGUUGACAAAUACAAAGCGCUGAGUACUGAGAUCGCUGACAUUCGCGUCAAAGCACCAUUCAAUCUGGUGCUUCUAGAUGCCACGGAUAUGAAUUUGCAGCUGUUGUCUCUCGCUAAUGAUAUUUCUCAGAAGCUGGUGUCGUUCAUUGUCAAGCGAAACUACGAGUUCAAUCGCGGUGUGUGUGAUCGCUAUGAGGAAAUCUCACUGAAGUGCAUUAAAGAAUGUCAGACAACAGCUGAUGUUGUUGCACUUACAGAAUACUUGGCUGAGGCAACCAGCACACUUGUAGCCAAGCUGCAGAUGGACAUGGAGGAAGCGUCUGAGCGGCUUGACUUUGUCCUGGACUAUGCUCUUCUAAGUGAGGAGGACAUUCGCUUGAACUCAACGACGUUCACAUGGCCUUCACGGAUGCCGGCGAUAUUUUCCACCGCUCAGUCACGGCUGGAUGAACGUCGGCGGAGAAAGGAGGAUGAACUCAAAGACAAAACUCAGAGCUUCAUUGAGUUGCUGGAGAGCUACCAAACGAUCGUUGACAGUUUUGCUGACAGAGAAUCAAUGAAAGAGGAAGAGAUCAAACGCAACACAGCCGAGCUGGCUGAUUUGAACGACAAGGUGGAGAAGGGCAGAGAGGAAGCAUUGGCUAUUAACAACGAGGAGGAGCUCCUGGGCUGGGAGUUCACACCGUUCCCGCAGAUGCAGAUUAUCACAUCGCAGAAGGAACCAUUCGACAAGCUCUGGUCUACAGUGGCCCUGUAUAUGAAGCGUAAUGAGGAAUGGUUGAACGGACCAUUCAUCCGUUUGGAUUAUGAAACCAUCGAGGAAGAACACGGCAACAUGCUGCGAUUGAUGAUGAAACUGGCUAAGACAUUCUCGGACCUACCGGCCGCCAAACGUGUGGCGGAGAGCAUUCGCGUACGCCUCGACAAGCUCAAGCCUCACCUGCCUCUAUUGCAGACUCUGUGCAAUCCAGGCUUGAAGGACAGACAUUGGCAGAGGAUGAGCGAAGUGGUUGGACAGGAUAUAACUCCUGAAGCCGACACGUCUCUGUCACAGAUGAUAGAACUAGGUCUUGGCAAGCACGUGGAGAAACUUGAAGAAGUGAGCGCAUCGGCAAGCAAGGAACACUCGCUGGAGAAGGCCAUGGAGAAGAUGAAGGCCGAAUGGAUCGACAUGGAGUUCACCUUCAUCCCGUACCGUGACACUGGCGUAUCAAUCCUGUCAGCCAUCGAUGACGUUCAGGUGUUGCUAGACGACCACAUCGUCAAAGCACAGACGAUCCGUGGCUCACCGUUCAUCAAGCCCAUCGAGGAGGAAUGCAAGGCCUGGGAGGAGAAGCUUGUGUCGAUGCAAGACAUUGUGGAUGCCUGGCUGAAGGUUCAAGCAACCUGGCUCUAUCUGGAGCCCAUCUUCAGCUCCGAGGACAUCAUGAAGCAGAUGCCGGAGGAGGGUCGCAAGUUUGGUGUGGUGGACCAGAACUGGAGGGACAUGAUGACAAAAGCGAUCAAAGAUUCUCAUGCCCUUGCGGCUACUGGCUUUCCCAACCAGCUGAAGAAGCUGAAUGACUCCAAUAACUUACUGGAGGAGAUUCAGAAAGGACUCAAUGACUACCUGGAGAAGAAACGCCUGUAUUUUGCCAGAUUCUUCUUCUUGUCGAAUGACGAGCUUCUGGAGAUCUUGUCGGAGACUAAAGAUCCGCUCCGUGUACAACCGCACUUGAAGAAAUGCUUUGAAGGCAUCAAUAAGCUACAGUUCAAUGAUGAUCAGGAGAUCAAGGGCAUGGUCAGUGCGGAGUCAGAGACCGUACCGUUCACGAACACAAUUGUGCCAGCUGAAGCCAAGGGAAUGGUAGAGAAAUGGCUACUCCAGGUUGAACACACUAUGAUUGACAGUGUGAGGGCUGUCACGGCAGAGUCUAGGCUAACCUACGCCGACACCGAUCGUAGCAAGUGGGUCUUGACAUGGCCGGGGCAGGUUGUUCUAUGCAUCACCUCAAUGUACUGGACCGCUGAAGUGACUCAAGCCAUACAGAAACAGGGAGGAUUGAAGGCCUAUCUGGAGGUUAGCAAUCGUCAAAUUGACGACAUUGUCGAGCUGGUGCGUGGCAAGUUGUCCAAGGGAAACCGUACCACCCUGGGUGCUCUGACAGUACUCGAUGUGCAUGCACGUGAUGUUGUAGCCAAGUUGACCAAGGAUGAAGUGAGCACAAUCACAGAUUUCCAGUGGAUCAGUCAGCUGCGCUACUACUGGGAACGUGAUGAUUGCUACGUGCACAUGAUCACAACUAGUCUACGCUAUGGCUACGAAUACCUGGGUAACACUGGGCGCCUGGUCAUUACACCGCUCACUGAUCGAUGUUACAGAACAUUGAUGGGAGCUCUGAAGCUCAACCUUGGUGGUGCACCGGAAGGACCAGCCGGCACAGGGAAAACAGAGACGUGCAAAGAUCUUGCCAAGGCUGUUGCAAAGCAGUGUGUAGUGUUCAACUGCUCCGAUGGUCUGGACUUCAAGGCCAUGGGCAAGUUCUUCAAGGGACUAGCUCAGGCCGGAGCAUGGGCAUGCUUUGAUGAGUUCAAUCGUAUUGAACUGGAGGUAUUGUCUGUAGUAGCUCAGCAGAUCCAGGCUAUACAGCUGGCAGUGAACAGUGGCCUGGAGAAGUUUGUGUUUGAAGGCACCGAGAUCAGUCUGGAUCCAACGUGUACGAUGUUCAUUACUAUGAACCCGGGUUAUGCGGGAAGACAGGAGCUGCCUGAUAAUCUGAAAGUCCUGUUCCGUACAGUAGCUAUGAUGGUACCGGAUUAUGCACUGAUUGGAGAGAUUGUGCUCUAUUCUAUGGGAUUUGUAGAUGCCAGAAGUAUGGCAGGCAAGAUCGUGGCUACGUAUCGCCUCUGCUCGGAGCAGCUCUCCUCGCAGCAUCAUUACGACUAUGGUAUGCGUGCUGUCAAGUCAGUACUGACGGCUGCUGGUAAUCUCAAACUCAAGUACAUGGACGAGCAGGAGAGUAUUCUCAUUCUCCGAGCCAUCAAUGACGUCAACCUGGCAAAGUUCUUAGCGCAGGAUGUGCCCCUGUUUGAAGGCAUCACAUCUGAUUUGUUCCCCGGUGUAGUCCUACCCAGGCCAGAUUAUGAUCACCUUACCGAUGCACUUGACUAUCACAUAGGCAAGACUGGGCUGCAGUCUGUACCCUGGUUCAUCACCAAAGUCAUACAGGUGUAUGAAAUGAUGCUGGUACGUCAUGGUUUCAUGAUAGUCGGUGAUCCCAUGGGUGGCAAGACUAGUGCCUAUAAGAUGCUAGCCGCAGCACUGGCUGAACUCAAUGAGAACGGACUGCUUGAAGAGUACAAGGUGUUGUAUCGUAUCAUUAACCCCAAGUCCAUCACCAUGGCGCAACUGUAUGGCAGCUUUGAUCCUGUGUCACAUGAAUGGUCUGAUGGUGUACUGGCAAACACGUUCCGUGAGCAGGCGAUGUCGACAACAGAGGAUCGCAAGUGGAUUGUAUUUGACGGUCCGGUGGAUGCAGUGUGGAUUGAAAAUAUGAAUACAGUGCUGGAUGACAAUAAGAAGCUGUGUUUGAUGAGUGGUGAAAUUGUUCAAAUGAGCAACAAGAUGAACUUGAUCUUUGAGCCCGAGGACCUGGAGGUAGCAUCGCCUGCUACAGUCAGUCGAUGUGGUAUGAUCUACAUGGAACCGCACCAGCUUGGCUGGCGACCACUGAUGACGUCAUACAUGGAGUCUCUACCUAACAGUAUUGUGGAGGAGCAGAAAGAUCUACUGGAGCAGCUGUUUGACUGGCUGGUUGAGCCAUGCUUGGAAUAUGUCCGUCUGGAGUGCAAGCAGUUUGUAGUGACAUCAUCGCUACAUCUUGCCCGAUGUAUGAUGUCAUUGCUGAACAGUACAAUGGAUGAGCUGCUACACAAUGGCGAGGACGGAAAUGCAGAUAUUCCUAUUGCACAGCGCCUCUCCUGGAUGCCUGGAUUGUUCUUCUUCGCUAUUGCCUGGGGUGUCGGUGGCAUGCUGACUGGAGACAGCAGGGUCAAGUUUGAUCCGUUCUUUCGAACGUUGAUCAGCGGCACGGAUCAGGACAACCCCCGACCGAAGAGCUGCAAGAUCAGCAAGACUGCCCUGUUGCCAGAACAGCGGACAGUCUUCGACUACUACUUUAUCAAGCAGGCUAAUGGUGUUUGGGCACCUUGGACCGAUUUGCUGGAGAAGCAGUCGAUUGCCGCUAAUGCAAAGCCGUCUGAGCUCAUUAUCUCCACGGUGGAGACAGUGAGACAGAGGUACUUCCUCCAGACACUCCUAUCACACGAGGUACCGACUCUCUUUGUCGGACCAACGGGAACUGGCAAGUCAGCCAUCACCAACAGUUAUCUCAUGGGCCUGCCCAAAGAAAAGUAUCUGCCAAACGUGGUCAACUUCUCAGCGCGUACCACAGCCAGUAUGACACAAGACAUCAUGAUGGCCAAGCUGGACAGACGUCGCAAGGGAGUGUACGGUCCACCGAUGGGCAAGAAGUGCAUUGUGUUCGUCGACGACCUUAACAUGCCGGCUAAGGAGAAGUACGGCGCCCAGCCACCCAUCGAGUUGCUACGACAACUCAUAGAUCAUCAGCACUGGUAUGAUAAGAAAGAUACGUCGCGAGUGGACCUCAUUGACGUGAUCAUGCUAUGUGCUAUGGGUCCACCUGGAGGUGGUCGUAAUCACAUCACGGGGCGCAUCACACGACAUUUCAAUGUCGUCGGUAUCGAGUCAUUCGAUGACAACACAAUGACCAAGAUAUUCACUUCAAUUGUGGACUGGCAUUUCGGACAUGGCUUCGACGCUACCUUCAACCGACUUGGAAAGGUUAUGAUAGCAGCUACGAUGGACGUUUACAAAUGGGCCGUAUCUCAUUUCCUGCCCACGCCCACCAAGUCGCACUACGUGUUCAACUUGCGUGACUUUGCACGUGUUGUGCGAGGUGUGCUGCUGGUGCCUGCAACGCACUUGAAGGAAGGAGACAAGCUGAGCCGUCUGUGGAUUCAUGAGGUUUACCGCGUCUUCUACGACCGCCUCGUUGAUGAUGGAGAUAGAGUGAUGUUCUUUGGCAUGAUGAAGGAGCAGGUCAACGAGCACUUCAAGGUCACACUGGACAAGCUAUUCCUGCAUCUGGCCACUCCUGGAAAGGCGUUGGAAGACGACAACAUGAGGAGUUUAUUCUUUGGAGACUACAUGUCCCCGGAAGCUGAUGUCAAGACGUACGAUGAAGUCGCCGACUUGUCAGAGCUCACCGCCACCAUGGAGAGUUAUUUGGACGAUUACAAUCAGAUGAGUAAAGCACCAAUGGCUCUAGUCAUGUUCCGUUUUGCUAUUGAACACAUCUCCCGUAUCAGCCGUGUGCUCAAGCAAGAUGACGGACAUGCUCUCCUCGUUGGUGUGGGUGGCAGUGGUCGACAGAGUGCAUCGAAAAUGGCAGCUUUUAUGGCUGACUAUGACCUAUUCCAGAUUGAACUGACCAAGAACUACACCACAGUGGAAUGGAGAGAUGACUUGAAGAAGAUCAUGAUGAAGGCGGGCAUAGAAGGUAAACAGCUGGUGUUCCUCUUCAGCGAUAAUCAGAUCAAAGACGAGUCGUUUGUGGAAGAUAUCAAUAUGAUCCUGAAUACCGGAGAUGUCCCUAACCUCUUUGCUGCUGAUGAGAAAGCUGAUGUCAUCGAGAAGAUGCAAGGCAUAGCAAGAGCUGAGGGUCGUAAGAUAGAAGCUACUCCUCUCGCCAUGUUCAACUUCUUUGUGGAGCGUGUCAAGGCACGACUGCAUAUCGUACUGUGCAUGAGUCCAAUCGGCGACGCGUUACGCAAUCGACUGCGAAUGUUCCCCUCGCUGAUCAAUUGCUGCACCAUUGACUGGUUCCAGGCGUGGCCAGACGACGCCCUCGAGAUGGUUGCCAAUAGGUUCUUGGAAGACGUCGACAUGGAGGAUGACAUACGCUCGGCGUGUGUAUCGCUGUGCAAGCACUUCCACCAGAGUGUCCGACGUCUCUCGGAGAAAUUCUACUCGACACUACGGCGCCAUAACUACGUGACACCCACGUCGUACCUGGAGCUCAUCUUGACAUUCAAAGUCCUGCUCAGUCAGAAGCGCAAGGAGACGUCUCAGCUCCGUCAGAGAUACAUGACCGGUUUAGAGAAGUUGCAGUUUGCAGCGUCGCAGGUGUCCGUAAUGAAAGAGGAGUUGACAGCCUUGCAGCCGGAGCUCAUCAAGACACAGACAGAGACGCAAGAGCUAAUGGUGGUCAUCGAAAGGGACACGAUCGAAGUCGAAGCCAAGAAACAGAUUGUAGCAGGAGAUGAAGAAGUAGCUAAUCGUGCUGCGGCCGCCGCCAAGGCUAUCAAAGAUGAGUGUGAAGGUGACCUGGCUGAAGCCAUACCGGCACUGGAAGCAGCCAUAUCUGCACUCAACACACUAAAGCCAGCUGACAUCACACUUGUCAAGGCCAUGAAGAAUCCACCAGCACUUGUCAAACUGGUCAUGGAAUCCAUCUGCAUCAUGAAAAAUAUCAAAGCAGAACGCAAGCCAGAUCCAGGCGGAUCAGGUCGUAUGAUUCAGGAUUUCUGGGGUCCAUCACAAAAGCUGUUGGGCGAUAUGAAGUUCCUGGAGCAUCUCAAGGCCUAUGAUAAGGACAACAUUGAGCCGGCAGUUAUCAAGAUCAUCCGAGAAAAGUAUGUAACAAAUCCGGACUUUGAACCCACCAUCAUUGCCAAUGCAUCGCGUGCAUGUGAAGGUCUGUGUCGCUGGGUGCGUGCAAUGGACGUGUACGAUCGAGUGGCUAAGGUGGUAGCACCAAAGAAGAUCAAGCUGAAAGAAGCCGAGGGUGAGCUCUCUGUGCAGAUGGCCAAGCUCACGGAGAAAAGAGCCGCGCUGAAAGAGAUUACAGACAAGCUGGAUGCACUGAAUGAACAGUUUGCAGCCAUGCAAGCUAAAUGCCGUGACCUGGAAUCUAACAUAGACAUCUGUGAGAAGAAACUUGCCAGAGCUGAGACGCUCAUUGGUGGGCUGGGCGGCGAGAAGGCAAGAUGGAGUGAAGCAGCGGCUCAACUUUUACAACGAUACAUUGACUUGACGGGAGAUGUACUGCUUGCAGCCGGUGUCGUUUCUUACUUGGGUGCAUUCACCGUUGACUAUCGGCAGGAAUGCACGGCGGACUGGCAGAAGCUAUGUCGCAUCAAGAAGAUCCCAUGCUCCGAGCAGUUCAGUCUAAAUGCUACACUUGGUGACCCGGUGAAAAUCCGUGCCUGGCAGAUUGCCGGCCUGCCCGUUGAUAGUUUCUCCAUCGACAAUGGUAUCGUUGUCAGUAACUCCAGACGAUUCCCACUCAUGAUAGACCCACAGGGUCAAGCUAACAAGUGGGUGAAGAAUAUGGAGAAAACAAAGAAGCUUUCCGUCAUCAAGCUCUCUGAUCCCAACUACGUCCGAACAUUGGAAAAUAGUGUGCAGUUCGGCACACCCGUGCUGCUGGAGAACGUGGACGAGGAACUAGACCCACUGCUUGAACCUCUCCUGCUCAAGCAAACCUUCAAGCAGAGUGGUGUUGAGUACAUCCGACUUGGAGAGAACGUGAUUGAGUACUCACGAGAUUUCCGUUUCUACAUUACGACACGAUUGCGCAAUCCUCACUACCUGCCAGAAGUCUCAGUCAAGGUAUGCUUACUGAAUUUCAUGAUCACACCACUUGGCCUGGAAGAUCAGCUACUCGGUAUUGUGGUGGCCAAGGAACGGCCGGAGCUUGAAACACAGAAGAAUGAACUCAUCCUGGAGAGUGCAGCUAACAAGAAACAGCUGAAAGAGAUUGAAGAUCAAAUUCUUGAGGUGCUCUCGUCAUCUGAGGGCAACAUUUUGGAAGAUGAGAAGGCUAUCAAUGUGCUCUCCUCUUCAAAGGUCCUCUCUGAAGAAAUCCAGGCUAAACAGGAAAUAGCCACAGCCACUGAGAUCCAGAUUGAUGAGACACGUAAUGGCUACACACCCGUUGCCAUUCACGGCAGUGUGCUGUUCUUCUGUAUCUCUGACCUGGCUAACAUUGAGCCAAUGUACCAGUACUCACUCACAUGGUUCAUCAACCUAUUCUUACAGUCCAUUGCUAACAGUACAAAGUCAUCAGACCUUGCCGAGCGCAUUGACCACCUCAACGACCACUUCACACACAGCAUCUACAACAACGUGUGCCGAUCGCUGUUUGAAAAGGACAAGCUCAUCUUCUCCACCAUUCUGUGUGUGCAGCUUAUGAAGAGCAGUGGCAAGAUUGAUGAAGGCACCUGGAGGUUCCUACUAACAGGUGGCGUUGCACUGGAGAACCCUCAUCCCAACCCAUGCCCAGACUGGUUGCCUGAAAAGGCAUGGGGCGAAGUCGUACGUGCAUCAGCCCUGCCAGGACUGGAAGGUUUCAUGAAGUUUGACAAGAAAUGGAAGAGUGUGUAUGACUCUGCCAACCCAGCUGAUGAACCCUACCCUGGCAAGUGGAAUGCCCUGACUGGCCUGACUAAAUUGGUGGUGCUGCGAUGUCUUCGACCAGACAAGCUAGUCGGAGCAAUGCAGAAUUUCAUUGUGGAGAACAUGGGUCGCACAUACAUUGAACCUCCGACGUUUGACCUAGCCGGUAGCUUUGCAGACAGUAACAACUGCUCACCGCUGAUCUUUGUCCUAUCACCCGGUGCUGACCCGAUGGCCGGCCUGUUGAAGUUUGCCGAGGACAAGGGUUACGGUGCUGACAGGUGCAAGCGCAUCUCACUUGGCCAGGGGCAGGGACCCAUCGCUUCACGCAUGAUAGACGACGCUAUUGUCAACGGUACGUGGGUAGUUCUUCAGAAUUGUCAUCUGGCCACCAGCUGGAUGCCGAGACUGGAGAAGAUCUGCGAGGAGACCAUUGUUCCGGAGAAGACGCACAAGGACUUCAGACUGUGGCUGACCAGCUACCCUUCGGACGCUUUCCCCGUGUCCAUUUUGCAAAAUGGUGUGAAAAUGACCAAUGAACCACCAAAAGGUCUCAGAGCCAAUCUACUGAGAUCAUAUCUAAACGAUCCGAUAUCCGAUCAAACAUUCUUUGAUGGAUGUACUAAGCGUCUGGAAUGGGAGAAGCUGUUAUUCGGUCUCUGCUUCUUCCAUGCGCUGGUGCAAGAACGCAGGAAGUUUGGACCCCUGGGGUGGAAUAUUCCCUACGAGUUCAAUGAAUCUGAUCUCAGGAUUAGCAUGAGACAGUUACAGAUGUUUCUGAAUGAGUACGAUGAGUUACCCCUGAGUGCUCUACUCUACCUAACAGGCCAGUGUAACUAUGGUGGUCGUGUUACCGACGACUGGGACAGACGAUUACUGACCAGCUUACUGGAUAUCUUCUACUGUAAACCUAUUAUCUACAGUGACGACUACAGGUUAUCAGCUAGUGGUCAGUACUAUGUACCACCCAAGGGUGAUUACCAGUCUUACAUCGACUAUCUACGAUCUCUACCACUCACACCUAACCCCGAGGUGUUUGGUAUGCACGACAAUGCUGACAUCACCAAGGACCAGCAAGAAACGGCUCAGUUACUUGACAGUAUAGUGCUUACCCAGCCAAGACAAACUGGCGGUGGUGGGAAGUCACCGGAAGAUACUAUUGCUGAACUAGCUACUGACAUUCUGUCCAAGCUGCCGCCGGAUUUCAACAUUGAAAUGGUCAUGAAGAAGUAUCCUGUGGUGUACGAAGAAUCAAUGAACACUGUACUGAGACAGGAACUCAUCCGCUUCAAUCGCCUCACUGCCGUUGUCAGGAGCAGCCUCGUCAACAUCAAGAAAGCCAUCAAGGGUCUAGUGGUGAUGUCAUCGCAACUUGAAGAUGUCUUCAACAGCAUGCUAGUGGGGAAAGUCCCUGAGAUGUGGGCAGCCAAGUCCUAUCCGUCUUUGAAGCCGCUCGGGAGCUAUGUUACAGACCUGCUUGCUAGGUUGAAGUUCCUGAAUGAUUGGAUCAAGGACGGUAUGCCCACGGUAUUCUGGGUGUCUGGUUUCUACUUCACACAAUCGUUCUUGACAGGAGCUUCCCAGAACUAUGCUCGCAAGUACAAGAUCCCUAUUGAUAAAUUGGGAUUUGAGUUUGAGCUUCUGGACGAGGAGUACGAUUUGCCUACUAGACCGGACGAUGGCGUCUAUGUUCGGGGUUUGUUCCUGGACGGUGCACGGUGGGAUCGGCAGACCAAGGUUCUGGCUGAGCAGAAACCCAAGCUGCUUCACGACACUCUCCCCAUCAUCUGGCUGAAGCCGGGAGAGAGAUCCAAGUUUGUGAAGAAGUCAACGUACGAGUGUCCUGUGUACAAGACCAGUGCAAGGCGCGGCACACUGUCCACGACGGGACAUUCUACUAACUAUGUCUUGCAGAUUGACUUGCCAUCUGAUAAGCCGGAGAACCACUGGAUAAACCGUGGCCUCGCCGCUCUCUGUCAGCUGGAUGACUGAGCAGCGGUGACCUCGCCAGGACAAACAACGUUUACGUACGCCUCCUCGUCUGUCCAUGUACGCCUGGUAGUCUGUGUAAUGCUGCCGAGACUGAUUCACUAUUAUGUGUGUGUGUGACAUGCUGGUCACCACUGCAUGGCGUAAUGCAUGUAUGCAUGCUAUGUGGACUGCGCUAUAGCUGUCCAGCAGUUGGAGCCCGUUGUUGACGUACUAGACUAGUAGCCACCGCCGCGCUCAGUGCAGUAAGUACAUCGUCUUGUGUUCUUCUGUUAUCUGUAUGUAUGUACAUGUAGAUUGUGUAUGUACAUGUAUGUAUGUGGGCAUAGCGGUAUGUGUGGAUGUACUCGAUACAAGUGUGUGUAUGAAUGAUAUCCGUUCACGUCUGUGAUCAGCUACUGCUACAAGUAUAUAUGGAUUGUGAGCUAGAACAUAACAAUAUGCAUGCUACAUGUAUGUUUAGACCGGACCGGACUCAUGAUCAGCCAAGCGUUGCGCGUUAGAGCUAUGCACACGCAUAGUAGACCAUUUCUCUUUUCUUCUUGAUUUCGUGUUGCUUGUAAUGCGCACUGCGUCGUGUUUGUGAAUGUAUUCUCAUCAGGGAGUCGGUAUUUUACGACUCCCUGAUACUCAUCCCUCCGCACGCACACCUUCUGAAAGCAAUACACUGAUAGUGCAUGGCAGAAGGGUACUACUGUCUUCCAAAGUUGUGAUGAGAAAACAUCACGGCCUCGACUAUAGUGAAUGUCCUGCUUCCAAUACGGAUUGUUUGCCACUGAGGCGUUGUGUGGGUGGUCCACCCACCGACUCACAAGUCAUGGUAGAGUGUUAGAAACUAGGUUAUAAUCGUUUCAGCUUUGCCGUACGGUACACGCGUAUAUGUAUGUAACAUAGGGAAAUUGCUCUACAUGCACAAAUUGUCUCGGAUUCAAAAAUUAUUUCUUGGCUCGUCUCUGAAAUUAUAUUUAAUUAUUUUAGUAUUUCAUGGAAAGAUGACCUUGUCUAUAUUUUCUGCAUUUAAUUCUCAAAUCACAGUAGGUGCGUAAUAAACGGUUUGCCUACGGCAGGUGAA